AUGGCUACGGGCUCCUCUUCCACGUUGGCUACCACGCCUGCAACUAUUUCAGCCUCCACUCCCUUUGGUUUUGGAGGUAACAUAUCUCAUAUCCUUCAGAUCAAAUUGGAUCAGAAUAACUACUUGUUAUGGCGUGCGCAAUUCUUGCCAUUAUUCCGCCUUCAUCGGUAUCUCCAAUAUAUUGAUGGCUCCUUUCGUUGUCCAUCAUCGACGGUGCCUGGUGUUCCCAAUGUUGCUGAUCCUAACACUCCACAGUCGGCAACACCGAACCCAGAAUAUAUCACUUGGCAGCAGCAAGAUCAGAUGUUACUUUGCUGCCUUCUCUCCACUCUUGCAGAAUCGGUCUUCUCUCUGGUUAUUGGCCUCAACACUUCCCAUGAGAAAGGAUCUCUUUCCAUUGCUGAGUAUGUCCAAAAGGCUAAAUCCAUAGCCGCUCAUCUUGCCGCGGCAGUGCAACCCGUCUCUAACCGCCAAAUGGUUCUCAGUCUUCUACAUGGCCUUGGACCUGAGUAUGAUGGUUUUGUUACCUCUAUCAUGUCCAGACUUGAACCAAUAGCUUUGGAUGAUUUUCUUGGUAUUCUUACCAACCAGGAAGUUAUUCUCCAAAGUAGGACUACAGAGGUUGUUCCAGCCACUCCCAAUGCAAAUGUGGCUGUCAAAGAAACCAACAUUGCCCCUCACCCUGUGAAUCGUGGUAGGGGAAGAGGUCAUGGCAGAGGUUGUGGGCGAUACAAUUCUGAUUUUCAUGGUUAUCGCCAACGCUUGAUCUGUUAA